AUGAGCCAAGACAGUGUCCAGGGGCCAUGGGAACUGUCAGAAGACAGGUGCCACGUCUCUUUGACGCACAACGCCCUCGACGCCAGUAAAGUGAUGGACAUGGUCCGCAGUCCUGCCGCCGGGGCUAUAGUAUUGUUUGCAGGCACAACAAGGGACAACUUUGACGGUAAACCGGUCAAGGAACUUCAGUACACGGCAUACCACCCCCUCGCCCUGCGCACCAUGAUGACCAUCGCGCAUAGCCUGACGGACAAGCACGACCUGCGGGGGUUCGCCAUGGUCCACAGGCUGGGCACGGUGCCGAUCGGUGAGGAGAGCAUACUCAUCGCCGUGUCGACGCCGCACAGGCAGGCGGCGUGGAGGGCGGGGGAGGAGGCUCUGGAGGAGUGCAAGAGGCGGGUCGAGGUGUGGAAGAGGGAGGAGUUCGAGGGGGAGGGAGGCAUAUGGAGGGCCAACAGGGAUGGGGCAGCAGGGAAGAGGAUAGAUGAGCACUAG